CCACAAGUCUCAAAGUUUGGGUUCGGUCAGAAAAAUUGCGUUGUACUGAAAACCAGACUAAUCCAGAUCAAUGAGGACGACAUCACCUGUGUGGGAUGGUGGCUCGGUCUGACGGAGGUCUGGGGACAGAGGUAGACCAGAAUCAAGAUGAAGAGGCAGAGAUCAAACUCUCCUGAACCCAGUUGUGCAAGCAUGAAGAGUGACCAGUCUGAAGAUGACAUUGUUAACAUCAAACAACCUGCAGUUAAAUGUAUCAGGAUGGAGCCGAGCUCAGACUCUCCUGAACCCAGCUGUGUGUCCAUAAAGAGUGACCGAUCUAAUCAUCCUAUUGUUAACUUCAAACAGCCUGCAGAUGGAAGUAUCAGGAUGGAGCCGAGCUCAGACUCUCCUGAACCCAGCUGUGUGUCCAUAAAGAGUGACCGAUCUAAUCAUCCUAUUGUUAACUUCAAACAGCCUGCAGAUGGAAGUAUCAGGAUGGAGCUGAGCCCAGACUCUCAUGAACCCAGCUGUUUGUCCAUAAAGAGUGACCGAUCUAAUCAUCCUAUUGUUAACUUCAAACAGCCUGCAGAUGGAAGAGGUCAGCUGGAAACAACAGAGUUCUUCAAUGAUCAGUCCAAGCAGCAUCAAACAGACCCAGACUCCAUGAGUGAAUUUGGAGAGCAGAGGAGCAGCCAACAUAAACUCAAGUCUAACCUGAAGGAGAGGUUCCAGUGUGUAUGUGAGGGGAACACUAAAGCAGGAAACCUAACCCUUCUGAAUCAGAUCUACACAGAGCUCUACAUCACUGAGGGAGGGACUGGAGAGGUCAACGAGGAACACGAGGUCAGACAGAUGGAAACAUUAUCCAGGAAAGCACACAGAGAAGAAACAACCAUCAGACAAGAAGACAUCUUUAAAGCUCCACCUGGAAGAAAUGAACCAAUCAGAGCAGUGAUGACAAAGGGCGUGGCUGGCAUUGGGAAAACAGUCUUAACCCAGAAGUUCACUCUGGACUGGGCUGAAGGCAAAGCCAACCAGGACAUCCAGUUCACAUUUCCAUUCACUUUCAGAGAGCUGAAUGUGCUGAAAGAGAAAAAGUUCAGCUUGGUGGAGCUGAUUCAUUACUUCUUCCCUGAAACCAAAGAAACAGGACUCUGCAGGUUUGAAGGGUUCAAGGUCGUGUUCAUCUUUGAUGGUCUGGACGAGUGUCGACUUCCUCUGGACUUCAACAACACUGAAAUCCUAACUGAUGUCACAGAGUCCACCUCAGUGGAUGUGCUGCUGAUAAACCUCAUCAGGGGGAAACUGCUUCCAUCUGCUCACCUCUGGAUAACCACACGACCUGCGGCAGCCAAUCAGAUCCCUCCUGGAUGUGUUGACAUGGUGACAGAGGUCAGAGGGUUCACUGGCCCUCAGAAGGAGGAGUACUUCAGGAAGAAAUUCCGAGAGGAGAAAAAGGCCAGCACAAUCAUCUCCCACACCAAGACAUCCCGAAGCCUCCACAUCAUGUGCCACAUCCCGGUCUUCUGCUGGAUCACUGCUACAGUUCUGGAGGAUCUGUUGAAGACCAGAGAGAGAGGAGAGCUGCCCAAGACCCUGACUGAGAUGUUCAUCUACUUCCUGGUGGUCCAGUGCAAACUGAAGAGCAUCAAGUAUGAUGGAAGAGCUGAGACUGAUCCACUCUGGAGCCAAGAGAACAGGAAGAUGAUCGAGUCUCUGGGAAAACUGGCUUUUGAGCAACUGCAGAAAGGGAACCUGAUCUUCUAUGAACCAGACCUGACAGAGUGUGGCAUCAAUAUCAGAGCAGCCUCGGUGUACUCAGGAGUGUUCACACAGGUCUUUAGAGAGGAGAUAGGACUGUAUCAGGACAAGGUGUUCUGCUUCGUCCAUCUGAGUGUUCAGGAGUUUCUGGCUGCUCUUCAUGUCCACCUGACCUUCAUCAACUCUGGAGUCAAUCUGAUGGCAAAUAAACGAAGACCAUCCAGAUCUGAAAAGACAUGGUUCUACCAGAAUGCUGUAGACCAGGCCUUACUGAGCCCAAAUGAACUUGUGAACUUCAACUCUGGAGUCAAUCUAACAGAAGAAGAUCAGACACUAUCCAGAUCUACAAUGACACAGCUAUACCAGGCUGCUGUGGACCAGGCCUUACUGAGCCCAAAUGGACACCUGGACUUGUUCCUCCGCUUCCUCGUGGGUCUGUCACUGACCACCAAUCAGAAGCUCCUACAAGAUCUGCUGACACAAACAGGAAGUGACUCAGAGACCAGAUUGGAAACAGUUCGGUACAUCCAGACAAAGAUUGAUGAGGAUCUGUCUGCAGAGAAGAGCAUCAAUCUGUUCCACUGUCUGAAUGAACUGAAUGAUUGUUCUCUAGUGGAACAGAUCCAAUGGUACCUAAAAUCAGGACGUGUCUCUGCAGAUCAUAUGUCUCCUGCUCAGUGGUCAGCUCUUGCCUUCAUCUUACUGUCAUCAGAAGAAGAUCUGGACGUGUUUGACCUGAAGAAAUACUCUGCUUCAGAGGAGGCUCUCCUGAGGCUGCUGCCAGUGGUCAAAGUCUCCAACAAAGCUCUACUGAGUGGCUGUAAUCUCUCAGCAAGAAGCUGUCAAGCUCUGUCCUCAGUCCUCAGCUCCCAGUCCUCAAGUCUCAGAGAGCUGGACCUGAGUAAUAACGACCUGAAGGAUUCAGGAAUCGAGCAACUUUGGUGUGGACUUACAUAUCCACAUUCUAAGUUGGAAUCUCUUAGGCUGAGUGGCUGUAACCUCUCAGAGAGAAGCUGUAGAUUUCUGUCCUCAGUCCUCAGCUCCUCCAGUCUUAGAGUGCUGGACCUGAGUAACAACAACCUGCAGGAUUCAGGAGUUGAGCUACUUUGUGGUAGACUUAGGGAUCCACAUUCUUCACUGGAAACUCUCAGACUGAGUGGCUGUAACCUCUCUAAGAGAGGCUGUGGAGCUCUGUCCUCAGUCCUCAGCUACUCCAGUCUCAGAGAUCUGGACCUGAGUAACAACGACCUGCAGGAUUCAGGAGUGACGCUGUUGUCUUCUGGACUGGAGAGUCCACACUGCAGACUGGACUCUCUCAGUCUGUCUGGCUGUUUGGUCUCAGAGGAAGGCUGUUAUUCUCUGGCCUCAGCUCUAAACUCAUCCUGUCUGAAAGAGCUGGACCUGAGCUUCAACCACCCAGGAGAACGAGGAGAGAAACUACUGUCUACUCUAAAGGAGGAUCCAUGCUGCAGCCUGGAGACACUGAGGCUGGACCAUGGUGGACAGCACAGACUGAAACCCGGUGUAAAGAAGUACGCCUGUGAGCUGGAAGUGGACACAAACACAGUGGACAGAAGACUCAAACUGUCUGACAACAGGACAGUGUCAUGGGUGGAGAAGGAUCAGCCAUAUCCUGAUCAUCCAGACAGAUUUGACUGUCAGCAGCUGCUGUGUCAGACUGGUCUGACAGGUCGCUGUUACUGGGAGGUUGAGUGGAGAGAAUGGGUUCGUGUAUCAAUGAGUUACAGAGGAAUCAGACGUGGAGGAUAUAGAGACGAGUGUAUGUUUGGACAUAACGAUCAGUCCUGGAGUCUGAGCUGCUCUCAUGAUGGUUAUAUUAAUUGUCACAAUAACAGAAAAGUAUUCAUCCCCUCCUCCUCCUCUUUAUCCUCUGGUAGAGUAGCAGUGUAUCUGGACCAUCCUGCUGGCUCUCUGGUUUUCUACAGUGUCUCCUCUGACAGCCUGAUCCACCUCCACACCUUCAAGACCACAUUCACUGAACCGCUCUAUCCUGGGUUUUGUUUAGGAGAAGGUGCCUCAGUGUCUCUGUAGCUCAAACAGGCCAAACACAACGGCUGUCUCGCUGAAAAAUGGGCCAGAGAGCGGGAUCAGAGAGGAGCUGUCAGUGUUAAAGAGAUAUCAGUGAAAUAACUGAAGAAAAGAAGAAGAAAUGUCUUCAACCUCACAGACUCAUUUUUACUGAAUGCUACUUCAGAAAACAGCAGAAAACGGUAGCAGCAACGUGACGGCUGUACGGAAAGGGUUAAACGUUCUCCGCCAUGUUCAUAGUCUACAUCUCUUCUUUUUUAGCCAUUAAAGCGGUGAACCGGCUUCUCUAGUGUGGUUCAUGUUUUAUAUGAAACUACUCAUUUUAAAAUGAACACGUGAAAACAACAAAUUCAACUAGAAUGUGAGCUUUAGAAAGGAAAUACCAAUCUUCUAUUACUACUAAUCUUGGAUUUCUCACUGAACUUCUACCACAAAUAGUUGCAUAAAUAUUCACAGAAAUGUGGGAAAUUCAGUGCUGGAUGCUCUAAAAUUCCUGGAGGACCCUCAGACCUCCCCUCUGAUUGAGGGAGUGACGACAUCUCCAGAGACAAAACCGUCACAAGAUUUCUCGUCAUGGUGGAAAAUAUCUUGUGAGAUUGGCAGGCUGGACCACUUCAUCUUCAGCUGGUCUAUGAAGAAGUCCUCUGGACGGGGUGCUGCAGAGCCCACCGGUAUCUGAAGACUCACAACUCUUCUCUCUCCUCAGAAGGAUGAUGCGAGCCCUACUCUAGUCCUAAAUCUGAAUCUUGAUGCCACAAGACUUUUCAUUUGCUGGAGACAAACCCAACUGUGGAAGGAACAUUAAUGGACUGAUUUCUGCUCACUCUUGGUCUCAGAUGGACACCAGACUUUAAUCACACAGUGAUCACAAGGUAGAGGUUUUAUCUGUGCAGAGCUAGCUGUAGGAAGCAUUUCAUGUCUAUACAGUGGAAGCUACAUUUGUUGUCUUUGUCUCUGCUUAUGUGUUGUUGAUUUCCUUUGCUGUGUCCAUUUAUGUCCAGUACACUGCCUUGACUUGUACAAAAACCAGUGUGACUGCUGUUAAAAUCAAAGUCCUGCCGCUGGGUCUCUAAGUUUGUAGACUCCUUAGUCUGAGCUUUUCUUUGUUCUCAGUCCACCAUCUUUUAAGUCACAUGUGAAACCACAUGUGGAGCCAUAUGUGUUUUGGACAUAUUGGCCCAAUCCAAUAUCCACACUCACUGACUUUGGGCGCGCUCCCGCUUGGGGCUGUCCCACUGUCAAACCAUAAAGUGAUCUCUUGCUGACUUUUUGAGCCUUUCAUCCUCCCUUUCCGUGAGUGGGCAUCUCUGCAGACUUAGUGUGAGGGAAUUACCCAUAGUUCAUUGCAUUGUGAUGUAUGACAGGGAUUCUCACUGGUAAGCGCUACAAAAGAGAAGUGAAAAGAGUGAAAUUGUGAACAAAAAACACGGAAGGUGCAAAAGGGGCAGACGUUGCAAAAAAGUAUUCUUCCUGUAAGUAUAUGAUAUGAAACAGCCUUUAUCUGUUGAGAAAAUGGGUCUAUAAGUAAGCCACGCUUGUUUUUUAUCUUUGUUUUAAACUCUGCAAGAUGCCGACUGUCAACAAAAAAAACAUAGGGCUGUCCCAUUCCUGUUUCUACCACUUUAAGCAGCCUAAUGCAAUCACUUUCCAGGUGCUGGCACUUAAGUCAAUGAGGAUUUAGGUCUCAGGGUUUUGGGAGGAGAUUGAGAUUCAGCCAUUGUUUUCUUUGUUCUGGUCGGCCAUUUUGAGAACCUCAUUUGCUUGAGUGUCAUUUAUUACAAUUUAUGCUGCUUGGUUUAAUAAAUUCUAUUAUAGAGUUUAAGAGAAGUUGUCUGUGGUUAUUGUGCAUGAACGCUGUAAUAUUUUGCUGAUGAGAAGGUUAGAGCUCAAAUCUCACACCUAUUUACUUAAAAACAAAUAUUCAAUAAUAUUUAAAACUUUAAUUCUGAGACUGAUUCUGUUGUAAACUGUCAUCUACCAAUAUCGCCUGUAUGGGAAAGGAAGAUAAUCCCUCUUCCAUAUUUUUCCAUAUUAUAUGAUGGGUUACACCAGCAGAUUAUUGCUUUCGUUUAUGCUGCAGAGUAGUAAUCUCUCAUAGAAGGGAGACCCCAACCCCCUUUUUCUUCAGCCAGUUGUAGAGUUUUGAAACAGGUCCUAAGUCUUCUACCUUGCCAUAUACAGUCAUGAACGAAAGUGUUGGCAUCCCUGGAAUUUUUCCAGAAAAUACACCAUUUCUCCCAGAAAUUGUUCCAGUAUAAACAUGUUUAUUUCCUGUAUGUGCAUUUGAACAACACAAAAAACAGAAGAAAAUAAGAGAAGAAAAAGAUAUGUAAUCAAAAUGAGAAGACAAAAUAGCCUGCUUGAUCUAUUAUUGAUUAAUAGUAUAUCAUUGGUAAUCCUGGCAUUCAUUUUGUUUCAGUGAGAGUUUAACAGUUCUCUCAACACUAAAUGACAUAUUUCAGUCUUUUUUUUAGGAGAUUAUCAGGAAAUGUUCAUGUUACACACCUGUAAAAUACAGUCUAAGUUGAUAAGUCAGGCUCGUGGCACAGGUGUGUUAACUCCUUAAUCCCUGUUUCAUCAUUUUUCAUUCUAUCAAACAAUAAUGAGUUAAAAAAGACAAUUGCAUUGAUUACACUGGCUUUGAUUAAUGAUUCAGAUCCCAUGUUCAGUAUGUAUCUCAAUUUUGAUUAUUGUAAUGUUCUUUUAUCCAUUUCUCUUUUGUUUUUAAUUGCUUUGUAUUGUCCCUGGAUUUCUUCAGUAACUGACUCAGUAUCAUUGUAAUGAGGGUUGCUUUCUGAAAGAUUUCUUGUGUUUAAAUAAAAGUUGAUUGAUUCUUU